CAACGAAUGUGUUUCAGGGAGACACAUCAAUGACCUCCCAGAUGGCAUUGAGUCUUUCGUCUUCACUUUUUAGUCGAUAUCAUUUUUCUUUUUGUCUGAUAAUGGUCUCUGAUAUAAUGGACUUUAAACAAUCUUAUAACUCAAAACCAUAUCCACUAUAAAAGAUUUGGUCUUCCCAAUAUUUUCUCCUAAAUCAUACUACACACAUUUCUUGUUAGGUACUACUUUAAUCAUAAUUUUCGUUAGUCAAAACACACAAUUAAAGAAAAAAAGUAAUUGAUUGGAGAAAUUUACUCAAAGUAGUAAUUAACAGAUUUUGCCUUGUCACAGCAAAGUAUGCUUAUUUGAUACUCUCGGCGCGUGGAUUUGGUCGUCGUCUCUUCUGGUCUCUCAAGCUUCUCCUCCAUCGUAGAAAAAGAUUUUAAAGGAGCGAUUUUUAUAAUCUUAAAUAAUUUCUUCCCUUUCUUCUUCUUCUUCUAGUUCCUUGAUACCAACGCGUAAUCCUAACCCUUAAUCUACUUCCUCCUUAAUUAAUCAGAGGUUUCUACUUAUUAUUUCCACUUCUCAUCUCUUUCAAUCGCAAUCUGAGUUCUGGCUAAAGAUUUUGUCUUGAAGGUGAGAUUCAUUGUUCCGAAUAGAGUGAGAAAAAGACUUAUAAGAUUGAAAAAGCAAGAUGCGGAUUUUGUGCGAUGCUUGCGAGAACGCAGCCGCAAUCAUCUUUUGCGCCGCCGAUGAAGCUGCCCUUUGUCGCCCCUGCGAUGAAAAAGGAACGUUUUGUCUCCAGAGUUUGCAUUUAGUAGUAUUAACUUCUGGAGAAGAAAAUAAUCGAUUUUCUGCUCUUUGCGCUUAAUCCUUACUUCAGUUAGAUGACUCUUAAGGGUUCAUAUGUGCAACAAGCUAGCUAGUCGGCAUGUACGUGUUGGUUUAGCUGAACCAAGCAAUGCCCCAUGCUGUGAUAUAUGCGAAAAUGCACCUGCCUUCUUUUACUGUGAGAUAGACGGUAGUUCUCUUUGUCUGCAAUGUGACAUGGUAGUACAUGUUGGUGGCAAGAGAACACACGGUCGGUUUCUUUUGCUGAGACAGAGAAUCGAGUUUCCAGGGGAUAAGCCUAAAGAAAACAAUACGAGGGACAAUUUGCAGAACCAAAGAGUCUCUACAAAUGGAAAUGGUGAAGCCAAUGGGAAGAUUGAUGACGAAAUGAUUGAUCUAAAUGCUAAUCCACAAAGAGUACAUGAGCCAUCAUCAAAUAACAACGUAUAUGAAUCCCUCUAUCCAACAUAUUCUCAAUCUUUGUUUUUGUAUUCUCAAUUCGAAUGUUUCUCAAUGAGCAGGGGAUUGAUGUAAAUAACGAGAACAAUCACGAGCCUGCAGGCCUUGUACCAGUUGGACCCUUUAAACGAGAGUCUGAGAAGUGAUAAGGUGAGAGAGAGAGAGAGAAAGAGACUCUUUACUCUGAUUCAAAAAAUCAGUUUAAGAAGAAGAUUGUAAAAAGUUUCAAGAACUGGAGAUUUCAUGUCCGUUUUUUUUCCUUCCUUCUGAUUCUUAGAUCGUUGCUGGUGUAACCGAGCUUUGUUGUUGAAGAGGGAAGGUUUAUGUUGUUUGUGCAUUAUCUUAGUUUUAAGGAAUUAGCUUAAGUGCUCACAUGAAUGUAAGCUAAUCUCUGAAAUUCUAAAUAAUUUUAUUUGUUUCUGUUUUUUUUUCUUAAUAAAAU